CUUUAUUACACUAGCAUUGUUGGACUACAAAAUGUCACGAUCGCGGAACCGCACGUGCUCGGGCCCGUCAUCGCCGCAUGCGGCUGUAUUUGCAUUUUGAACCCAUUGCAGCUAACUUUACAGCAUUUACAGCCUCUCAAACUCAAUCAUUAUCAAACGUUAUGUCUUUGUUUCAGGGCCUAGACCUAGGGGGACAUCGAGAUUUAAGUUAGUGGUACAUAUUUUGGUAUCAUAUUUGCCUAGUCUGCUGUCGCUUUGCUCUUUUGAUUAGAAGCGUAUGUGGGUUUUUAUUAUUAACUAUUUUAGUUUUGGACAUACUGUUUGAUAUUUUUGCGCUGUAUUGUCAUCGUGGUAUUAUGUAAUAAGGUAACGUUAGGCUACGGAAAGGGCUAACGUUAAGUGAAGCAAUAGCUGCUAAAUCGUUGACAGGCGUUAUGUAAAACAGCUCGUUUGCUUCCACAGACGUAGGCUGGGGUAACUGGCUCACACACCAGAAUUUUUAACGUUAAACCAAACCAACUGUUUGCAUGUUACAACUAGACUAGUGUGCUAGUUAGGCCAGGGGGUUGAACUCAGAAACUCCUAUUAACGUUACGUUAGUUUGAAAGGUCGUCUGCGCAGAACUAUAGGAUAGCUAACUUGUCCACCUAGUCAUGUCUUUUAUGUCGGCUUCAAAGCGACUGUUAAUGUUAUCCGCGUCACAAAGUUCAGCACUCUGCAGAUGUGCCACAACUAAUAUUUCUUCAAAAAGUUCCUUCGCAUGUGUACAAGCUCGGGCUUUCCGUCGAGGAAUAUGUACGAGUGUCACCCAACCUUUAAGGUCAGAAAAUAAGGUAACGGUAAACUUCAUCAAUCGUGAUGGAGAGAAGAUUACCGUGAGGGGCAACCCUGGAGACACCUUACUGGAUGUAAUCGUUGACCAAGACCUGGAUUUUGAUGGAUUUGGAGCCUGUGAAGGGACUCUGGCCUGCUCCACCUGCCAUCUCAUUUUUGACGAGGAAGUGUUCAAGCAACUGGGUUCGAUAACAGAUGAGGAGAUGGAUAUGCUGGACCUUGCUUAUGGCUUGACUGAAACGUCCCGUCUGGGUUGUCAGAUCUGCCUGACAAAGGCGCUAGAUGGCAUGACUGCACGGGUGCCGGAGAGUGUGGCUGACAUCAGACAGUCUGACGGCUCUGCCUAGAGUCUUGCUCCCCCUGUCGAUCAUCCUGUGGAACUGCUAUCAUCUAUUAGCAAACAAUGUCAUGAACAGAACUAAUGGAAAGGCAUAACACCAGAAUUGGUGUGUGUGUGUUUGCCAUGCCACCCUGACUUCUGUCCAGUGAGUUGAGGCAUAAACAGCAUCAUGUGGGUUUACUCAAGCUGAAAUUUGAAUCAAAAUAGAUGUUGUUCCUGAAAUGCAAAGAGUAAAUUCACCUUAAGGGAAGUGAAUGUUUCAAACUUGAACUAACCAACUUUUAAAUUAAAAAUGUAUCCAUCAAGUGAUUCACUGUACUGCAGUAGGCUGUUAUCUGAUAUUGACUAAUGUAUAUCCUUCCAAUUAAAAUAGAAUAUCAAUUUCUAUCAUAUAGUAUAUUAGUAUAUCACAAAAUACUAUUCAACUUUAUUGAAAUAAAUAGAUGCAUUUGUAAUUA